UCGAACCUUUAUUAUUGAAACGUCAGCUAUAGAAAUUUGUAGAAAAAAUCAAAAUUUGAUAAUAUAUUAUAAAAAAUAUUUUAAUAGUAGACCGAUUGUUUUUACAUUGUCCUCGAAAUUAAAGUGAAAAUAUUAAAAUAUGUCUUUAAAUACAGCUCACGCCAAUAAUGGCGUACUAAUACAUUCUGGAGAGUACAUUCUUUUGUUUAGCGACAAAAUUACAAUUGAAUUUAUUGGCCAAGACAGCCCAGUAUUUAAAGGAUCAAAGGAUGGACGAAUUUAUUUGACUUCACAUAGAAUGAUUUUUAAUGCCAAAAAUCAAAGUGAAUCUAUGCAAUCUUUUAGUUUUCCCUUUGUUACUUUAAAUGAUGUCGAAUUGGAGCAACCCGUAUUUGGCGCUAACUACAUCAAAGGCAAAUGCCGUUCUCAACCCAAUGGAAACUGGACUGGAGAAGUCAAAUUCAAGUUAUACUUUAAAGGGGGUGGGGCUAUAGAUUUUGGUCAAGCCUUACGACGUGCAGCUAAGACUGCACAAAGUAACAUGCAUAAUGAUGCACCACCACCUUACACUCCACCCUCGGGUCCAUGGCACGAGGCUCCAUUACCAGCUUAUCAGCCUCCUCCUGGUUAUUAUGGUUGGCUUCCUAACAAUGAAAAUUUCAACCAAGGUCCUCCACCAAAUUCUGUGUUUAUGAGUGAUAACCCUCCGCCAUACCCAGGUCUAGCGACACCUGGACAAGGUCAGGCUCAGGGAUUUGCUGGGGGUUUUGUGCAACCUCAACAAGGAUACCCUGGAGCACCUCCCCCUUACGGCGGUGCGCCACAGGGUGGUUAUCCCGGGUAUCCGAAUGGACCUCAACCAGGUUAUCCCGGCUACCCAAAUCAAUCAGGGUAUCCCGGUUAUUCAGGUCCGCAGCCGGGUUAUAAUGGAUACCCAGGUCAACAGCCAGGGUACCCUUCACCUUAUGCACAACCUGGUGGGCCUUACAAUCCCAAUGCAGGUGGGUAUCAAGGUCCUCAAAAUCGUUCUGGACCAGAAAAUAUCAACCCCAACAUACCUUCUACAAACCCAGUUUAUCCCAGUGUACCUAGCGCUCCUUCUUAUCCCUCAUAUCCAGGGGCAUCAAAUAAUUCGGCUUAUAAUCCAAAUCAGACGAAUCCAAAUGCGAAUCAAAAUUAUGUAGGCAUACCAACUGGUGGCUAUUCUGCUCCAAAUAGCAAUGCAACUUCAAAAGAAGCGGAGGCAGCUCUAAGUGCUCAAAGCUAUAAUCAAAACAACGCUGGAUACAAUACAUACAGUGGUGGUGCUCCCCCGCCUUAUUCAAAUUUUAGUAAUACUAGUGGAUCACCAACACAACAGAAUCAAAACCUUGGUGCAUAUUCUGGGCAAAAUGCAAAUUCCAGUGGAGAAUAUGCUGCUCCACCUUGCAUGAAUGGACCACCACCAAAUUUCAAGUAAUAUAAUUAAAAAUAGUCAUUGAAUAUUUAUUUGUAUGAAAUUGGGAAUAAACCAAAUAAAAGAAGCCUUUUUAAACUGAUAUCAGUGUAAAGUUGAAACAAAUAGUAAAACAAAU